AUGGCUGCCAACGGCGAUUUUUCCGACGACGAAUCCCAGCCCGGUUCCCCCAUGCUGGAUGCGAACGGCCACGAUGACAUUGAAGACCAGGAGCCUCUCGACCAGGAGGAGAAGCCCCUCAAGUCUGCCAUGAAGAAGUCGGAUGUGCCCUCUCUUCCCCAGCCCAAGCGGCCAGAGCUGCCCGAGCAGCCUGAACCAGACACCCUCGACCUGUCGACUUUGACCCCGUUGUCCCCCGAGAUUAUUGCGCGCCAGGCCACCAUCAACAUUGGUACCAUCGGGCACGUCGCUCACGGAAAAUCGACUGUUGUCAAGGCCAUCUCCGAGGUGCAGACUGUCCGUUUCAAGAACGAGUUGGAGCGGAAUAUUACCAUUAAGCUGGGUUACGCCAACGCCAAGAUCUACAAGUGCGACAACCCUGAGUGCCCUCGACCGACAUGCUUCAAGAGUUUCAAGAGUGAGAAGGAGGUUGACCCGCCGUGCGAGAGAAAUGAGUGUGGUGGCCGGUAUAGACUGUUGAGACACGUCUCUUUCGUCGACUGCCCCGGUCACGAUAUUCUCAUGAGCACUAUGUUGUCAGGUGCCGCCGUCAUGGACGCCGCUCUGCUUUUGAUUGCCGGAAAUGAAACCUGCCCGCAGCCCCAGACUUCGGAGCACUUGGCUGCCAUUGAAAUUAUGAAGCUUAGCCACAUCAUCAUCCUCCAAAAUAAGGUGGACUUGAUGAGAGAGGAUGGCGCUUUGCAGCACUACCAGUCGAUCUUGAAGUUCAUCCGUGGUACUGUUGCUGAUGGCUCUCCCAUCAUCCCCAUCUCCGCGCAGCUCAAGUACAACAUUGACGCCGUUAACGAGUACCUCGUUUCGCACAUCCCCGUCCCCGUCCGUGACUUCACUGCCUCGCCGCACAUGAUGGUUAUCCGUUCUUUCGACGUUAACAAGCCCGGUGCCGAGAUUGACGAGCUCAAGGGUGGUGUUGCUGGUGGUUCCAUCCUGACUGGUGUGCUCAAGUUGGGCGACGAGAUUGAAAUUCGCCCUGGUCUCGUCACCAAGGACGAGCAUGGCAAGAUCCAGUGCCGCCCCAUCUUCUCCCGUGUUGUGUCCCUCUUUGCUGAGCACAACGACUUGAAGUUCGCCGUCCCCGGUGGUCUGAUUGGUGUUGGUACUCGCGUCGACCCUACUCUCUGCCGUGCCGAUCGUCUCGUUGGUUUCGUCCUGGGUCACCGUGGCCGUCUCCCUGCCAUCUACACUGAGCUGGAGGUUAACUACUUCUUGCUGCGCCGUUUGUUGGGUGUCAAGACCUCCGACGGCAAGCAGGCUAAGGUUGCCAAGUUGACCAAGAACGAGGUUCUCAUGGUUAACAUUGGAUCUACCGCCACUGGUGCUAAGGUUGUUGGUGUCAAGGCCGAUGCGGCCAAGCUCAGCUUGACCAGCCCCGCUUGCACAGAGGUUGGUGAGAAGAUUGCCAUCAGCCGAAGAAUCGAGAAGCACUGGCGUUUGAUCGGAUGGGCAAACAUUGUCGCUGGUAACACUCUCGAGCCUAUCCUGAACUAA